CCCCCGUCCCCCGGGUGAAUCCCCGGCGGCCCUCGCGGCGCAGGCGGCGAUCCUGGCGGCCGUCGGGUGCCGGCAGCUUCCUGGAAAGUUACUUCUCCUUGGAGCCGGCGAUAGGCAGAGUGUUCUGUGAAAUCCGCUGAGCUGAGAUCGACUACAUUCCGGGAAUGAGAGGGCUGUGCCAUUCCCCUCACUACCCCCUGCCUUGACGGCGUAACAGGAAAAAAAAAAAAAAGCACACACAAUGUUAGCUACCGAAGUGCACGAAACGUUUUAUUUAAUGUAACCAAAUUAAGGGCUGCCACGAUCUCACCACGGGGCCUCCGACGCGCCUGCGGGGGCUUCGCGACAGAUGGGCAGCGGUGCCCGCAGAACGCCCGGGGGUGGGCGGUCCCUGGCGGGCAGGUACGGUAAGGACGGGGUGGGCGAAUCUAGCCCGGGCUUGCCGCGGAGCGCAGGGCUCGGGUGUGUGUCCCGGUAUGCGAGCGCGGGAGGAAACGGCUGCUUAGUGCCCGCCGAGUGUAGGAGCCAGGGGAAAAGGAUGGAUGGGGGCUUUCGUGUUGGCUCACUCUCGCUCUUAACCUCGCUUCUCGUCCUUCUCUCACCUCUUUUCUUGUCUCCGCCUUCGCCUUCUGCUGUCUUCUCUUCCCUCUGCCUUUUUUAGAGGGAAGGGGUCCCUCUUUUUUCUUCUCCAACUCCUUUAAAAGAUCUGCCUUCUCCUCAAGGUGCCUAAUUGCAAAUCCGGAGAUUUUGAAAAGGCAGAAGAGAGAAAGUGUGUGGGUGGAAAGACCACGUUUAGGUCUGGCUUGGUGGUUACUGCGGCUGGGGCGGGAUUGGUGAUCCGGAGAGUACAGGUCUGGGCCCUUGCAGUUAUCAGUUUCUCUUUGACAGCCCUGCUCUCUUGGCAAGUGUUUUCGUGUUAUGAGUAUUGCGCGUGGCACCGGUGGGAUGGCUGAAGCUAGGUGACGGAGUUUGUCCAGGACUUUGCUGGAGAUUAGCUUUCAGUCUUGGGCGAGGCUUAUCCGGUGGAGCCUCAGUUAAUCAGGGCUGUAAUAAAGAUCCCAUACAGUAACGGAUGGGAAAGGGCUGAGUGGUCUGUAAGAACCAAAGCAGCUGUUAGGUGCUUCCACACUUGCAGCAUCUAGAGGGAGGCAUGGCUUCCCACAUCCACCAUAACACACACUCGCUAGCUGUGGCAGCUCCAAAGAUAGAGCUAGCUGAAGAAGGAGUGGACUUAAUAGGGCUGUGGGCCUCAGCAGAUGUGCAUUUGUUUUUGCCCAAGCCAGGCAGAGGGGGAGGAUGAAAAUGGCCCAGCCCCAGGGCCAGGCUGACCAGUAGACCCCUGGGAAUGGGGAAUGUUUUGUCUGUUUGUUUCAAUCUGCAUAUGGAAUGAGUCAUUGCCAUUUGCCAAGGUGAAAUGGCAAAUCUGGGCUUCCCAUGGUUCCAAAAGUCUGUGACUGGGAAUUCACAAGCGAGCUGGUGGUUGAAGCUGGCUAAAGGGCAGCCUUAGGUAUUCCAGAAGUGUUUAGGGAUGUCUUUCAUGGGGGAAGAGGAGAUUGUUUAUAAAUGAAACUCUCACAUGUCGUCAGCAUUCUUUUUCAACGGAGACAAUCACUGAACUUUGGUUCGGACCAAUCUAGUGUCUCUCUCUUUGCCCAUCUUGAGUUAGGAUGGGAGAGGAGGAAAUAGGUUCUUUCGUCUCGUUCUGCCCCCUCCCUUCAGCCAUCCCCUUCCCUCAUCCUCACUCACUCACAUGCACAUAACCUUGAAGCCGAUGGGAUUGAGUGACUGGCACUUGGGACCACAGAGAAAUGUCAGAGUGUUUGGUUACAGACUCAAGGAAACCUCUCAUUUUAGAGUGCUCAUUUGAUUUUAAGCAAAAUUUUGGACUGUGAAUCAAGGCAUUGGGUGAAGACAAAAUGGCCUCCCCGGCUGACAGCUGUAUCCAGUUCACCCGCCAUGCCAGUGACGUUCUUCUCAACCUUAAUCGCCUCCGGAGCCGUGACAUCUUGACUGAUGUUGUCAUCGUGGUGAGCCAUGAGCAGUUCAGAGCCCAUAAGACAGUCCUCAUGGCCUGCAGUGGCCUGUUCUAUAGCAUCUUCACGGAUCAGCUGAAAUGUAACCUGAGUGUGAUCAACCUGGAUCCUGAGAUCAAUCCUGAGGGGUUCUGCAUCCUCCUGGACUUCAUGUACACGUCCCGACUCAAUCUGCGGGAGGGCAACAUCAUGGCCGUGAUGGCAACGGCAAUGUACCUGCAGAUGGAGCACGUGGUGGACACUUGCCGGAAGUUUAUCAAGGCCAGUGAAGCAGAGAUGGUUCCUGCCAUCAAGCCUCCCCGUGAAGAGUUUCUGAAUAGCCGGAUGCUGAUGCCCCAAGACAUCAUGGCCUAUCGGGGUCGUGAGGUGGUGGAGAAUAACCUGCCACUGAGGAAUGCCCCGGGGUGUGAGAGCAGGGCCUUUGCCCCCAGCCUGUACAGCGGCCUGUCCACCCCGCCGGCCUCUUACCCCGUCUACAGUCACCUCCCUGUCAGCAGCUUCCUCUUCUCUGAUGAGGAGCUGCGGGAUGCCCGGAUGCCUGUGGCCAACCCCUUCCCUAAGGAGCGGGCCCACCCCUGCGAUAGUGCCAGGCCCGUCCCUGGUGACUAUAGCCGGCCGGCCCUGGAGAGAACUCCCAGUGUUUGCCACAGCAGCAUCUACUCACCCAAGGAGGCAGCCCCAGAGGAGACACGCAGUGACAUGCACUACGGCGUGGCUGAGGGCCCCAAGCCUGCCGCCCCCUCAGCCCGGAAUGCCCCAUACUUCCCCUGUGACAAGGCUGGCAAGGAGGAAGAGAGGCCCUCCUCAGAGGAUGAGAUCGCCCUGCAUUUCGAGCCCCCCAGUGCACCCUUGAACCGCAAGGGUCUGGUCAGCCCCCAGAGCCCCCAGAAGUCCGACUGCCAGCCCAACUCGCCCACGGAGUCCUGCAGUAGCAAGAAUGCCUGCAUCCUCCAGACCUCUGGUUCACCUCCAGCCAAGAGCCCCACCGACCCCAAAGCCUGCAACUGGAAGAAAUACAAGUUCAUUGUGCUCAACAGCCUCAACCAGAAUGCCAAACCGGAGGGGCCCGAGCAGGCCGAGCUGGGCCGCCUCUCCCCUCGAGCCUACACCGCCCCACCGGCCUGCCAGCCACCCAUGGAGCCCGAGAGCCUUGACCUCCAGUCCCCAACCAAGCUCAGUGUCAGCGGGGAGGACUCCACCAUCCCACAGGCCAGCCGGCUCAAUAACAUCGUCAAUAGGUCCCUGACGGGCUCCCCCCGCAGCAACAGCGAGAGCCACUCACCGCUCUACUUGCACCCCCCCAAGUGCACAUCGUGCGGCUCUCAGUCCCCGCAGCAUGCAGAGAUGUGCCUCCACACCGCUGGCCCCACAUUCCCCGAGGAGAUGGGAGAGACCCAGUCUGAGUACUCGGAUUCCAGCUGUGAGAACGGGGCUUUCUUUUGCAAUGAGUGUGACUGCCGCUUCUCUGAGGAGGCCUCACUCAAGAGACACACGCUGCAGACCCACAGUGACAAACCCUACAAGUGUGACCGCUGCCAGGCCUCCUUCCGCUACAAGGGCAACCUCGCCAGCCACAAGACCGUCCACACGGGUGAGAAACCCUAUCGUUGUAACAUUUGUGGAGCCCAGUUCAACCGACCAGCCAACCUGAAAACCCAUACUCGAAUUCACUCUGGAGAGAAGCCCUACAAAUGCGAAACCUGUGGAGCCAGAUUUGUACAAGUGAGCGGGGCCAUGGGGAAAAGACCCCUCAGCCUCUGUAUGCUGAUGAGGGGCUCCCAGGGGAGGGGGCCACAGCCCACCCCAACAGAGCCUCUCAUGCUUUGCUCUUCCAUUCAGGUGGCCCACCUCCGUGCCCACGUGCUCAUCCACACUGGAGAGAAGCCCUAUCCCUGUGAAAUCUGUGGCACCCGUUUCCGGCACCUUCAGACUCUGAAGAGCCACCUGCGAAUCCACACAGGAGAGAAACCUUACCAUUGCGAGAAGUGCAACCUGCAUUUCCGUCACAAAAGCCAGCUGCGUCUUCACUUGCGCCAAAAGCAUGGCGCCAUCACCAACACCAAGGUGCAAUACCGCGUGUCCGCCACUGACCUGCCCCCGGAGCUCCCCAAAGCCUGCUGAAGCAUGGAGUGUUGAUGCUUUCCAUUCGAGUCCCUUCUCAGAAUCUACCCAAAGGAUACUGUAACACUUUACAAUGUUCAUCCCAUGAUGUAGUGCCUCUUUCAUCCACUAGUGCAAAUCAUAGCUGGGGUGGGGGUGGGGGGAGGGGCGUGGGGACUGGGGGCCAAGGCAGCUCCCCUUCCCCCACUGCCAUAAAACAUUAAGAAAAUAAUAUUGCUUCUUCUCCUAUGUGUAAGGCAAACCAUGUCAGCAAAAAGCAAAAUCAUUUUAUAUAUCAAAGUGGGGGAGUAUGCAAAAGUUCUGACUUGACUUGGUCUGCAAAAUGAGGAAUGUAUAUGUUUUGUGGGGACAGAUGUUUCUUUUGUAUGUAAAUGUGCAUUCUUUUAAAAGAAGAGACUUCGGUAUGUUAUCAAAGAGAGGGCUUUAAUUUUUUUAACCAAAGGUGAAGGAAUAUAUGGCAGAGUUGUAAAUAUAUAAAUAUAUAUAUAUAUAAAAUAAAUAUAUAUAAACCUAAAAAAGAUAUAUUAAAAAUAUAAAACUGCGUUAAAGGCUCGAUUUUGUAUCUGCAGGCAGACACGGAUCUGAGAAUCUUUAUUGAGAAAGAGCACUUAAGAGAAUAUUUUAAGUAUUGCAUCUGUAUAAGUAAGAAAAUAUUUUGUCUAAAAUGCCUCAGUGUAUUUGUAUUUUUUUGCAAGUGAAGGUUUACAAUUUACAAAGUGUGUAUUAAAAAAAAAAAACACAAAAAGAACAAAAAAAAGCUACCGAAGGAAAAAUGUGUAGUUUUGUUCUAGUUUUUGGUUUGUAUAUACCUGUACAACGUGUCCUACGGUGCCUUUUUUCAUGGAAGUUUUCAGUGAUGGACAAGCGUGCCAUCCCUUCUGAAGUGUAGGCAGACACAGGGACUUGAAGUUGUUGCUCACUAAGCUCUCUUUGGGAAUGUUUGUCUCAUCACAUUCUGCGUCAUGCUUGUGUUAGAACUACUCCGGAGACAGGGUUUGGCUGUGUCUAAACUGCAUUACCGCGUUGUAAAAUAUAGCUGUACAAAUACAAGAAUAAAAUGUAGAAAAGUCAA